AAAAAUUUAAAAGUUAUCUUGAAAAAAAUCGUAUGAAAUAAGCGCCGUUACAUGCGACACCAUCAGCGUUGUUGGAAGUGCGCUACCGUCAUGCCAUUGUCGCUCGCAAAAUCAACAACAGGAACAAAAACAUUGAGCGCUCAAAAACGUCCCCUAAAGAGUCACCAAUGCCGCCCGAGAAUGCAGCCAGCAACGACCAAACGGCCAGCUAUAACUCCAGCCACAGCAGCGCAAAAAGGCUCCCUCCCUACAACCACCCAUCCAUCCACCACUACAUCAGCGACAGCGUCGUAAACCUGCUGCGCCAAUGACGACGCUCUUGGUGUCCUCACCAGCCACCCCAUUGCCGACGUCGUCACCGUCAUUACAGCACUUUUUCGCCCAAUGUUGGUUGGUUGGUGACUCUUUUUUUUACAUUUCUUCUUAACUUUGUUGUUAUUCCAGUGUUUAGUUGGAUGGGUUGUUGGUGUUGUGGAGUCGAGUGGUGUGGUGGGAUGUGAGUUUUUUACUCGCUUCGCUCACCGGGUCUCUGCCCCAGUCGUUGCUGCGCUGCCGUCGCCACUGUCGCCACUGCUGCUGUCGCAGUUGUCGCACAGGCAUUUUUAUUUAGUUUUUUAUUUCGUCUUCUCUUCGUAAUUUUGUCGUCGAGUGUCAUUGGUUGAGUCGCAUUGGCUUGUGCUGUUGUUGUGCUUUAGUAGGUGGAUGGAUAUACAUUUGUAUGAAUGUGUACGGACACCGUUGUUGCCUUGCCUUGCCGGGCGCUGGGUGCUGUGCGAAGGGUGUUAUAUAUUUGAGUUUAGUGAGCGUCGAUGGGUUUGCGCGUGUGUGUGUGUGUGUGUAUGUGGGUGCAUUUGUGUGCGUAUAUAAGCGAUAAAGCCGUGCGAAUGCGAGCAAAUUCAACAACAAUUCAAAGGUUUAUGGGAGUGUAAAUGAGGAUAUGUGCAUGUAUGCGUGUGUAGGUGCAUCGGCACCGCAGCAUAGGUGUAUGCGUGUGUGUGUCAACGACUGGUUGGCUGAGUGUGAGUGGUGGCGAGUGAGUCCGGUCUGGUAUUGCACAAAAGUCGCGAAAUUCAAUGGCGACACAGCAGCGAUUCGGUGACGACGACUACGACAAUUGGCGAUGAGAACGAGAACGACGAUACGAUAAUGUUGCCAAUGACCGCUGCGUUUGUUGUUGUGUGCCUGUUGUUGACGGUGCCUGCGGGCAAUUUUUCGAGUUUGGCUUCCACCAACGGCAGUGGUUUGCAGAAUUCCGCGAAACGUUUAACCUAAUUGGGAUAUUCAGCAAAUCAACAGCAAACAAAUUAACGGGCUGGAGGCAUUCAUAUGUGUGAACUGAAGCAGAUAAAAAUUAAAUAAUGAAAAACAAAAGAAAGUUAAAUUCAUAGUUAUAACCAAAAAGUAUACGAAAUACUACUUUUUAUGAAACAUCUGUAUGCCAAAAUGGCGGAUCAAUGUUUCCAUAUUACUUCAAAGAAACAUAAAUGGUUUGUUUUUUUUAGAAAUCAAGGAGAAACAUUGGUGUACGUAAAUUUAAUUCACUAAAUAAAAACCAAACCUCUCAAACGAUUCAAUAUUUCAUCAACGAAGUCAGACGCAGAGAAUCCAUAAAAAAAUAUUCCGAAAACAGUUUUUUCAAAAGUGCUUGCUUGGAGAUCGGAACUAAUCAGGAAAGAGUACUGAUGUGCAGUGCUUGAAGGCAGCUUCGCAAAAUUUCGUAUAAAGGAAGAAAGAUAAUUUUUUGAAGGCUAUUUCAACAAACACAUUCACACUCGGCUGUUGUUGUUUUUGGUGGCGUAAUAAUCGCCAUGUCGCAUCCAUGCACUCAGGAUUGUACGAUAAGCAUUGACUGCGACAAUACUCGUGACAGGUUUUCCAGUAAGCAUCCGGAACGAACAAUUCUAGUCUUAACUACUGCAACCACUGCAACAACGUUAAUCUGUCCAAAACGGCGACUUAAUGAAUAUUAAUCAGGAAAAUUCCAGCAACGGAUUCCAGCAGCGACAUCCAGCACAGCAAUACCCGCCAGCACAACACUACCCGCUCCCACUGCCGCCGACCCUGCAGCCAGCGUCUGUUGCUGCUGCUGCCGCCGCCAUCGCCACUGGACCACACUCGCUGCCGACCAGCGCACAGCUGCAAGACCUCGAGCUUGAAUAUCUGAAGAAGGCGCACGCUCACGCCCAAGCGCAUGCGCAAGCACAGGCCGCCGCACUUGCAUACAGUUACGAGCGCCAUCAGCUGCAGCAGCAGCAGCAGCACCAUCAUCACCACCAUCAACAACAACAACAACAACAACUACAGCAACAGCAGCAGGAACUUGCGCGGCGCUCAAGUGGCGGCGAUCACGAUUUGUCCGGCAAACGGAAUUCGCUUCAUCAACAGCACAAUACAGCGACAACGAGCUCAGCAUCCAUGGUUAUGUCACCAAGCCGCCGUCCGUCACCGCCGAGGGCAGCAACUCUUCCCAUGAAUAUGCAUUUGAGUUCAUUGGCGCACGCGCAGAUGCAACUGCAAUCGCAACUUCAUCAAAAGCUUUCGGCCGCGGCAUCGGCAUCGGGCAGCAACAGUUUGUCGCCGCCAAACCAUUUGGCCAAUUAUUUUCGCGGUCAGGCUUCGCCAGCUUGUGGCUUGCCACCGCCACCACCGCCGCCAACAUCGAACGCCAGUGCAAACAGUCAACAUCACCACUCAGCAUCUAACUCAUCGGCUGCCAGUGCGAGUAGUCCUGGCAGCAGUAUGCAGCAGUCAGCCAAUAGCGGUUCGCCUCAAAACCCGCACAACCCGCUUAGUCACCUGCAAAACAUGCAACCAUUCGACUUUCGCAAGAUCAGUUCUACGGCGUUUGGCGGCUUGCCACCGCUGCCACCAGCGCGCAUGAGUCCAAACGAGCUGGCGCAUCACCAGCACCUGCAACAACAGGCUGCUCAACAAGCAGCAAUGUUGGCACAGGCGCGUCGGCGCAUCAACGAGGCUUCCACUCCGUCGGAGAAAAAUGCGGCAGUCGCUGCGGCCGCGGCUGCUGCAGCUCAAAGCAACCAAUUCUUCAAUGCGAUGGCUAUGUCGGGGCACCCGUUGCCCUUUCCUUUACCACCACCUCCGCCUCCGCCGCCGACGCUCGGCCCAGGCGCUUCACCUACGGGUGUUCCAACAGCAUCCAGUUUACCUCCGGGCCUGACGAGUAAUCAAGUGGCGGCUAUAGCUGCAGCGGCUGCUGCUUCCGGAAAUCCAAUGCCUCAUAGCCUUCUCGCGUCUCAUUUUCCCACAAUUAAUCCCAACCUAAACCUGAGCAAGCAAGCUAUACGUUCGAAAUCUCCAGAUGCUGAGGAGGCAAAACUGUCUAAACAUCAGGGCGACAGUGGAAACAUGGGUCACAUACGUGAACGUGCAGGCACCUCGCACGCUCAGCAGCCGCCUACUCAUCGCAUCCACCAUCAUCAUCCUGUUUCGCCACCAACAUCCAUUGGCUCCGCCGCCAUAUCCAAUUCGUACCAAAGUCAACAUCAUGAAUCUCGUCAAUCGCGCUCAAGUCACAUCGAUCACUCGUCCUCUCAUUCCUCGCAACGACUUACGAGAUUUUCUUCCGGCGUUAGCUUACGUCCUGGACGCAAAUCGCACUCACCGGGCAAACGUCAAUGGGGCACAUUGCCUGCGAAUUUGGGCACUCAGUUCAUCAACCCGGUCACAGGAAAAAAGCGGGUGCAGUGCAAUGUCUGCUUAAAGACCUUCUGUGACAAAGGCGCGCUCAAGAUCCACUUUUCCGCGGUACAUUUGCGAGAGAUGCACAAGUGCACCGUAGACGGCUGUAGUAUGAUGUUCAGUUCUCGCCGAUCUCGAAACCGCCACAGUGCCAAUCCGAACCCGAAGCUGCAUUCUCCCCACCUCAGGCGCAAAAUAUCUCCCCACGACGGGCGCACAGCUCAACCUCAUCCGUUGCUCUUACAACCACCGAACGGGCUGAUGGCCGGUCUCAAUCCAUUUGGCAGCUUUCCGCUGCUCACACCACCGCCCGAUAUGAGGCACCAUCAAAUGGCCAGCAUGCAUGACAUGAAACACGGCUCAGCUGAAUUUAUGCACCGUUCGUACAUGGACAGCGCCAUGUUGGGACGCUUUGACACACGCUCUCGUCACCGACAAGGCAGUGAGGGCCAGUUGGACGAUGACGAAGAUGAUAGCAUAUUGGAUGGCGGCAUUCACAUAGGCGACGACGACGACGACGACGAUGAUGACGAUGACGAGGGAGAGGGUAUUGUGGUGGUGGGUGACGAAGGUGAUAGUAUUUUGGAGAAAACCAACUCAGAGGACUACAACACCGAUGGCGGCGGGGACGACGCCUCCGAUGUAGAAGACAACAGUCACGAUAUGGAUCUCACCUCGCCUUUAACGACUGACUACAAGCAUACCAAAGAACCAUCUUCCAGUAAAGUACCCAGCGGUGACCGCGAUGCCGAAUCGGGCGUGGCUGAGCAGCACAGUAGCGAGAGCAACGACGACUCACUUAGUGUAACCGAUUCGUUCAGUAUGCGGGGCGACUUUGAGAGCUCUACCUUUCCGGGCGUGGGUAGUGGCGGUAGUAGCAGCGCUGCAAACACGCCUGGUUCCACAUCGAAUAAACGCAAGCGAAAGAGUCAGAACCCAGUUCGAUGUACUGUGCAAUCGGAUGAAAACUCCUGUGAUAACUCCAACGAAUACGAUUUAGUCGCCGAUUUGUCGGUAAAAAAAUCAGUUCCAGAAACGUGUUCUGAGGACAACGAAACAAAGGGAGACGAUUCCCAAGACAACGCAUCACUGGAUUUGACCAAAAGAACCCGAAAGUCUGAGAGCCCAGGUCCAACAGUGGUCAACUCAAACGCCACCGAGAGUACAAAAGUUCUUCCGUCACCACCGCUGACACCAUCUACGUCGACUAGUGAACCAACGGCAAUGGCACGCCAACAUCUAUUUUCAAGCACUCAACUGAAGUCAGAGCCAAUAGACGGUGAAUAUGAACGACAGCAAGAUAUUCUGAAUGGAACUGACUCAAGCCAACCGCAAGAGCAAGAACACUCAUUGGACUUAUCUGCCGCACACAGAAGGAAAUCGGAAGUAAAUGAUGUGAACGCCACAUCCACAGCGACCGCUGACACACCACAACUCACGAUUAAGCAGGAACUCAUCGAAGGACCACCUCUAGAAACAACAACAAAUUCAACUCCGGAGGAAAUUGAAAGUAAGCUUGUGAAAAUAAAGAGCGAGCUCGUAGAUGUAGAUGAAAGCAAAAUGAACAUAUCAAGCGCAGAACCAGAAUGUCAAAUUAAAAAUAAUAACAACAAUAUUCUUCCGCCAAAGGCUGCAUUAAAGUGUAGAGAAACGUUCGACAUUCCUACGGCGCCAGUUGAAUCCCUUCGGCAGCAAGCCGGCGAAGAAACGCAUACCGAUUUUCUGACUGAGGAAGCUGAGGUACCCAUCGACAAAGACAACCCGCUGAAAUGCACGGCUUGCGGAGAGGUGUUCCAGAAUCACUUCCACUUAAAAACUCACUACCAAAAUGUGCACCUUAAGCUGCACCACAAAUGCAACAUCGACGGUUGCAAUGCUGCUUUCCCUUCGAAACGAAGCCGAGAUCGUCACAGCUCCAACCUAAACCUGCAUCGCAAAUUACUCUCCACAGGCGAUAAUCACCAUCACGAUUCUCUACCCGAACACAUGGUGACGAACAAUAGCAAAGCUUUUAGCCACGCCAGCAAUUCCAACUGCGCUAUACCGAACUCAAUACAAGCCGAAUUCCUAGCACGCCUCUAUGCUGGCUCCCACGGCUUGCCGCCGCUAAGCUUCGACACACUCAAACAACACUUGCCGACGGCAAUGCCACCUGCGCAAAACUUCCCAGAAGCAGCUUUCAUGGCUGAUCCGCGACUUCUGCUCAAUCACCCAAGCAAUCCGCUACUAUUUCCCGGUCUAACCGGGCUUCCAGGCUUCCCACACUUGGCACCUCAUCUGCUCGCAGCCCCAUUCAAUGGCCUUAACCCGUUCUGCCGGCGCUCUUCAUCCGAAUCGCAUUCGCCACACUCCACCCCGCCCCCAUCGACAGCGACGCGAUCACCACACUGCUCACCACCCAGCGGCGGACAACCCCCGCCAAAAACCGUAUCCGAGCGAUCCUACCCAGGCUCGCCGUCAGACUGCGAGUUCAAUGCGGCAUCACCGGCUGCGGUGACUGACAGGGCGAACCCAACUCAGCACCUACACCAACCACCGCAACAACGCCAGACACCCGACAGGAUCUCAUGACCGUAUGCGACGCGCUACGCGGAAAUGAUGGCUUACCGACACUGAUACGGUCGGGGAUCCGAGUGGCCGAGCGAAAGAGUGGGGGAGUAGUGGCAGAUUCAGCAAAGCGUUCACUGUCUUGAGGUGCAAUAUUAUCUGGUGCUGCUGAUUGAGCGAACAAAAACAAAACACACCACGCAACAGUUAUGUAUGUAAAUACGAUAAACCAGCUCCAGCUAUUUAUUAUACGACUAAAUUUUAAUUUAAUCCAUAGCGUGUACUGUACUGUACUGUAGUUUGUAGGACGAAAGAGACAGUUGCAUAUAUCGGACACACUCGCGUGUUCUUAGAUUACCAAAAGUGAUAUGGCAAAUACAUACAUACAUAUAUCGAAAUAAUAAAUAAAAUCGUGUAUUAAAAAUUUAAUAGUUUAGAACGAAACCACAUAUGAUAGAUGUAAAAAAGUAUCAAGAGAUUGUGUAACGGUAGUACCCGAUAUGCAAUUGCGAGUAGAAAAAUUUAUUGAAAUCAACUACUUUUUCAUUGUGCUUUUUUGGCGACAAAACAUGGUGCGAAAUAUCUUUGCGCUACCGUUGGAACAUCUUUCAAUGGCGCAAAACAUCAGAUAAGGUGACGGUAAUGCCCUUCUUAGUCGUAGAAAUGGCAUAAUGAAGAUCAGAUGAAAAACUUUCUGGGCGAAGCACAUUUCGUAGUAUAUGUAUUCAUAUGUGUGCAAUGAUAUUGAAAUAGAUAUAAGUCGAUCCGAUAUUGCUCAAAAAUGUGUAUUCAACAAUUUAAUUUGAUAUUAUUUUCGUGUAAACUGUAAAUAAAUUAUCUUUAGCUUCCACGAGUGCUACUUGAUUAACCUAAGUUUAAAUGUCGGUUUUGUAAACAUUACCUCGCCAUAAUUUCUACGAAUUCGUUGCAGAGCAGCACGGCCCCUGGAUUGUAUUUCGAUUCGUUGACUCUUUAUUGACCAUCAUUCGAUCGCAGGUGGGUAUACCCGGAGCAAACUGUUGGAGCAUCUCCUAUAACUACACUGAAUGCCACAGUUUAAGCAUUGCAUAAGCUCCCGCCGUCGUUAUAGCAUAUUUAAGGCUUCAACAAUUUUCAGACGACAAUUUUUGGCUUAGACUUAUUUUAAUUCACGGACCUAUAACCAGCCAGCAUCUGUACAGGGUGGAUCUCGGUUUUCCCGAUCCCUUUGUCAAAGCAGAUUGGACCCAACAAUUCCAAUUGGUACCUUCUUUAUUGCGCUCUUCUAUGACUCCUCUGAUCUUCUGAUCGUCGAGUGCAAACUCUGAAUUCUGAUGCCGUUACUGAGACUUCCUCCACCGAUCGUUGGCAGCAAGUCACCUGAGGCUUUCCAUACGAUUCAAAUUAUUGGCUUUGCCCAUUGAUUGUCCUCCUCCACCUUCAUGAAAUCCCGCUGAGCCUACCUAAUCGGCGAGGUAGCAAGACUUGACCGGUAAAUCGGAUUUUUGGCUGCCCAAGAUCGCUGUUAUCUGGAGAAGUCCAUAAUCGAUCCGCUGACCCACUAGUUGACCACCUAGUAGACCUUCCAGUUCAUUUCAUAUCAUUUAUUUAUGUGUUUAUAUACAUAUCAGUGAUGUCGCGAAUAUUUGCAUUCGUAUUCGUUAUGCGAAUGAGUCGCAUUAUUUUACAUAUUGCGAAUAUAACAUUUAAAAGAUCCCUAAUACAUAUAUAGUAUAUUGGUCCCCAUAGUGGGAGAAAAACGAGAGUCGCCCGCCCAGCCGGAUAUAUCAAAAAAUCAUAUGUCUGCACACAUAUGCAUGCAUACAAAUCUACAUUUAUUGUUUCAACGAAUUAAUUUCAUGUUUUCAGAAAAUCGCAAUAAUUAUUUGAACAAUCGAUUUGAAAUCAGCUUUAUAUAGUGUAAUUAUAUGAAUAUGCAAACAUCCUUACAAAUCCAAGUAUGUACGGAUGCAAAUAUGGUGUGUGUGUAUAUAUACAUAUAUACGGUCAUUAAGUUGUUCAUAUGUAUAUUGACUAUUUUAUUUGAAAAUAACGUUUUAUUAAAAAAUGGAUUUAUCACAAGAUAAUACUUAUCUGUAGUUAUCUGUAGUUAAAAGUUAUGCUCUAAAAUAUUGUACCUAUUUUAAGUGUAAUAUAUUGACAAUUAGAAAAAAUUAAA